AUGAUUUUUAAUUUCAUUUUAUUGAUCAGAUGCGAAUCAAAUGGUAUUUUCAAGAAAUACUUCAAUGAAAAUAUAGUCGAAUUUGAUGUCAGUGGAAGUUCCAAACAGUACAUAAAUGGUAGUUUGCAAUUAACUAAACCUGAAUACGCUAUUUAUCAAUGGGAUAAAGGAUAUGAUUGGUGUUCAACUUGUGAGCAAUCCUAUGAUAAACAUCCAUACAUUACUUUCUCACUGAAGUCGAAGAAAAUUAAAUUUAAUAAAUAUUAUAUUCGUGCAGGCUGCUGCUAUGGCAAUUGCUGCUGCGAAGAUGACUCUAAUCGUUAUUGCGCUGACUGUUGCCUCUAUUCUUGGUCGCUUCAGAUAUCAAACGACAACAGAAUUUGGAAAGAUGUUCACAAGAUAGAAAAAGACAACCACAUGCGCCGCUGCAAUGAGAAGACGUACGACUUGGAUAGCUCUUACGAGGCUAGAUUCGUCCGUGUUAUUCAGAACGAGCCAUGCCCAGGAAAUCCUCCAUGCAUCGCAAUCAACAAAUUUGAGAUUUUCGGAGAUGUUUUGACUGAUGAUUCUCAGGAAGAUUUCGUUUCUUUCCACGAUGAUGACGAUGAUGUCAGCAUCAUAGGACAUAUCUCUAAAAAUAUGCAGAAGUAA